UCCAAGAAGAAAAAGAAAAAAAAACCCAAGAAAAUAGACCAGUAGCCCUCACUCCUUUUUAGGGCAGGAUCCAAUGCCAUCACCACCAUUCCUCCUCUCUCUCUCUCUCUCCUUUUACCCUUUCCCAUAGUCUCCUUCUCUCUUCCAAAUCAAUCAAUAAACUAGCAAAAGUCAGCGCCUCCCUCUUAUCUCCUCUCUAGAGCCCAAGAAACCACCACCACCACCUCCUCCUCUUGAGGAUUUUCUUGAUUUCUUCUCGACGGCCAUGGAGGAGGAGCUCUGCGGCAACAACUGGGACCUCGACGCCGUCGUCCGCCUCGGCUGCUGCCGACGGAGGAUCUCUCCGGCGGCGGUGGCGCAGCAGGUGGAUCCGUUCGCGUCGUUCUUGCAGCAGGGGGUGGCGAUGGAGGUUGCGGCGGAGAAGGAGGUCGGGGUGGAGGCUGCGUGGAGCUUCCCGGAGCUGACGGUCAGGGACGGCGGCGGCGGCGGGCUCGGCCGCGACGCCGACGAGCUCCUCAAGGCGUUCUGCGCCGCCUUUCCUUCUUCUUCCUCGUCGAAGUCGUCGCCUCUGCCGACGCCUCCUCCUCCUCCUCCGACGCAGCCGCAGCCAGAGCAGCAGAAACCGGUGACGGUGCAGGAGAAUCUACCGGCUCCGACGACGGCUCCGGCGAGGGCGUCGCAGCCGGCGGCGGCGAGGCAGGUGCCAGCUGGCGGCGUGCCUAGAUCCAAGAGGAGGAAGAACCAGCAGAAGAAGGUGGUGCGGCACGUGCCGGCGGACGGCGUGUCGGCCGACGUGUGGGCGUGGCGGAAGUACGGACAGAAGCCCAUCAAGGGCUCACCCUACCCAAGGGGGUACUACCGGUGCAGUAGCUCGAAGGGGUGCCCGGCGAGGAAGCAGGUGGAGAGGAGCCGCUCCGACCCCAACACCUUCAUCCUCACCUACACCGGCGAGCACAACCACUCGGCGCCCACCCACCGCAACUCGCUCGCCGGCACCACCCGCAACAAGCUCCCUUCCUCCUCCGCCGCCUCCGCCGCCUCCGCGCAGCCCCAGCCGCCGCCGCCGUCGGUGGUGGUGGUCGGCGCCGGGGGUGGUGGAGCCGAGGCGGCGGGGCUCUCCCCGACCACACCGCUGCGGACGCCGUCCAUGGAGGAGGACGAGGAGGAGGAGGAGGAGGAAGAGCUGCUCGUGGAGGACAUGGAGAUGGCCGGCGAGGACGAGCUCCUCUUCCUCAACGGCGGCGACGACAACGCCGCAUUGGAUGGCACCCCCAUGUCCUCCCUCUUCGACAUCGCCGACGAGCCCUUCUUGCCCUCGCCAUGGACGGAGCCCACCGCCGCCGGCAGCUAGCUCGCACAGAUCGCCGCGCCGUUCUUAGCUUUUUUUAGCUCAUCAGCUCGCAAGAAAAAGGAAAGGGAAAGGAAGAGGGAGGAAGAGAUUAGAGCAUCCAAUUAAUCCGCCAUUAAUCAUCGUCAUCAUCACCAUCAGCAGCAGCAUACUAAAAAUUAGUUGUUUAGCAAUGGUAGCAGUAGGAGAGCAUCAAAUCCUUCCAGUUCUUGGCUGAUCAAAACAACCCUUUUUUUCUCUCUCUUUUUAUAUUUCCUAGGCAAGCUUGAGAGAGACUUUGCAUCUCUUCUUUUCUUUCUUUUUUUUUUCUUUUCUUCACCUUAGGUGUCUGGUUUUUUUUUUUUACAUUUGUAAAUAGAAAGUGGUAGAUGAUGAACCAACAAAAGGAGAUGAAACAAAAGGGGAAAAAAAGAUGAUGGUGUGUAUCAUGUAGUACUAUCUCUCUGCAUGGAUGCAGCAGGGGUGCUUUGCUCUUCUUGGCUCUUCCUUUCUCUGUUCAACAACCUAACCUUUCUGCAUGUAGCUCCCUUGGGAUGUUUGUAAGCUUGAAGAAGAGAGAAAGAAGCUCCCUCUAAUGGCAAAAAAAAAUCCAAACUUUUUGUUUUUCA